AAACAAUUAACUUGGUACACAUGGUUAGGCUGCUAAACUUGACUUCAUGCCUAGUGCGCUGCUCGGUGCGCUAGGACGGAACAUCAUCGUUCGUCCGCUUUCUCUUUUCGUGAAGUUAUUUGCCAAACUUGCCGUAGUAGCCGCUUGUGGGAUCACAGCAAUGCUUCCAGUGUUACAUGCCAAAGCGCCAGCACGGGGCCUAGGAUGGAUGCGUCGUGGACCGCAUGCCAUCAAGCCACAAACUGCGGCGACAACCAGCAAAGCCCUUCCAGAGGCCCAUGAGCUUGCCCCAGAUGUGGAGAAAGUCAUCAAGAGUAUUCACGCAAACAAGACCAAGGCAGUGGUGUACGUCACAGGUGGUGCCGUGCAGUCCAUCUCUUGGCUUCUUUCCGUACCCGGCGCCUCAGCUACCGUACUGGAGGCCUCUGUGCCGUACGCACGUGACAGCCUGGUGGACAUCCUCGGCAAGGAUCCGGAGCAGUACUGCAGCGCCGCCACCGCCGCCGCCAUGGCUGCUGCCGCCUACCGUCGCGCCGCACAGCUGAGCAGCUUCGGCAGCAGCGUGGUGGGGGUGGGCGCCACAUGCGCCCUAGCUACCGU